AUUUGAUUUAGCCAACUAGCCAUGACUCUAGAGUAGCCAUGACCUAAGCACAGACGACAGUUUAUGUUUUCGUCGACUUGCUAGAUGUGGUGUUGAACACAGCUACAAGCAGCUCACCAGAGCACAAAUUGAUGUGGGAUCGCAUAAGUGGCUGUGUGAAUGGGCGGAAGGUGCAUGAUGUCUGAAGAAGCGGAGUCUGUUAACACGGAACUUGUAGAAGUACGCGACAGCAAUGAGCCAACAGCGAUGCCUCCUCCACUUGGUACGCAGACUUUACGGCACAACAGGGAAUCCAUAAGUAGUGGCAGUAGCAACUCUGGUGACACUUCAAGUGGCCGGGACCACUGCUGUGAUCUUGAGGAUGGCGCAUUUGUCGUUACCCCUGAGUAUAACACUCCUAUAAUUGGUUAUGAGGUCAUGGAGGAAAGGGCACGUUUCACUGUGUUCAAAAUAAGAGUAGAACAUGUUGAAAGUGGAAGAUACUGGUUUGUCUUCAGACGAUAUACCGACUUUACUCGUCUCAGCAGGAAGUUGAAAGCACUAUUUCCAGGACUUCAGCUCUCUUUACCGCCAAAGCGAUGGUUUGGGAAUAACUUUGAUCCCCUCUUUCUUGAAGACCGGCUUCUAGGCCUUCAGACAUUUAUUAAAAACAUCAUGAGUCAUAGAGACAUCAGCAGGAGUAUGCAUGUUCGAGAGUUCUUCUGUUUAGAUGAACCACCAGAACCGUUAGACACAAUUGAAGAGAGCCGGGCACUUUGUGAAAGCCUCGAAGAGAAGGUCUAUAGGUUGACACAGCAACUCCAGGAGAAAGAUGCUGAAAUUGAGUCAUUACAGAGUGAACUGUCAAGCUUAAGAAUGCAGCAAAGUACUCUUGCAAAGGGUCUCAAGGAAGACUGCAACAAUGAUGAAUAUUUCCCAGAAAGCCAGGCUGCGUCACCCAUGAAGCAUGAUAGUCAACAGUGACUUGCCCUGGUUACCAUGCACUGUUUCAAGAUGACACUGUCACCUGUAUGUACAUAUAUGUAUGUGUUGUGUAUAUAGGGAGUUUCUCUGAAGUUCUCUAACUUUAUAUUUUAUCAUGAUGCUUCCCUAUCUGGGGCUGUUGUGGGACUUACGAAUAAAAACUGGAAGGAAGCAUGCGAGCUGGUAGUUUCAAACUCCAAUACUACUUGGAUACCUUGAGAUUGAGGAAAAACUUGAUGAAACAUAAAAUCUCAAAGAGCAGUUAUGGUUUAAAUUUUGUUGCGUUUUGUUAAGUAUCCAGAUAUCGUAGUGGGUCUUAUACUUCAUACAUCGGAAUAAAAGGUGAUUUGUCCCAUUUAUGUUCUAACUCCUUGUCCAUAUCUAUUGCUGCAGUAAGCCGAUAUGAAUAAAAGGUGAUUAGAUGUUCAACAGUACUACCCAGACAACAAAAAGUUUCCGUGUUAUAUUGCUACUACUAUAUCACUUAAUGCAUUUUCAUGGUACUCGUAUGAAACACCUUGUAAGGAAAGGUACUCUAAUGUCCAAAUGUGAAUACCACCUGCAGUCUACAGUUUAAGACUCCAGCCUUCAACAGAUAGUGUAGUGUUCAUUAAUGAUAAAUCUACUUUUUAGUGGUUGUCUGUGGGUAAUGACAUCAUGGGACAGUCUUAGCAUAUCUGUUGUUCGACCAUUCAAGGACCGUUCAUUUUUCCUAGAGUUAUUUGACAUACACUGUAUUAAAAUGCAAGUCGUUUUCCAAUUUUUACUGUGAUGUAGCUACUAUAGUGUUCUAGAAAAUACUAAUUAGUUGAUGGAGCUUUUGACGUAUGGAAAUGAAGCUGUAUUGUGCCAUGCAUUCUGCGGUUCCCAAUUUGCUGCACUAAGUACGAUAACAUAUUGCAUAUUUAGUUAAUAAAGGCAAAAUCAACAUGCGUAUUAUGGAUGUUAUUAUUACCCUCUUCCUAACAGGGUUUGUCUCAAAUGAGUUCCGUCUCCAAAUUUAAUACACCCUUGUGAAUUCAAAUUAAAUAGUGACCUGUGUUUUGUGACUAGCCUGUUUUAGCUUCCGUCACCUGCUUUGAUAUGGGAAUUGUUAAACAAGCUACCAAAGCCAAUUCAAACCAUUUCAUUAUUUCUGCUAAGGCUUGCAGGCAAUGUGAAACAGGCAAGCUUGGUGUUGCAGGCAUUUAUGACGUUUUAAGGUAAUCAUUUUCUCUAAUUUACAUUAGACAGUGCCCUCUCCUAUGACUACAGAAGAAAGAGAAAAAAAAGUCGAUAUAAUUCCAUGAAACACAAUGUUGCUAAUGAGAUAGGUACAGGAAAGUGGUAAACAAAAAGUAAUAAUGUUGCAUUCUUGAGGAAUGUGUAAAUAUUUACGAAAAUAGGCAAUGGUGUAAACAGUUGUCACCAUAUGUAACUAGUGUAAGCAGCAAGUCAGCUGCUUGUGUAUAACACGUUGACCUGAAGUCUGUGAGAGCGGGAAUAAUGUGGGGCCACUCUUAUUUGGACUUUAGGUAUCUUUUUACAUUGUCAAUUAAUAUAGCAGUGCAUCGCAUGUAUUCCUUGCGAGUGGUUUGCCCGAGAAAAUACGAACAGAAGCUGGACUACUGUCUAAAGGAAAGUGAAGACCAUCAAAAUGUACUGUACUAAUUUAGGUAUACAACGUGAAAUAUGCAGUAUUGUAAAGCAUGCACACAUGGAUACAUGUGCCUAUUGUUAUAUUGUAAAUUUGUGAUCUUCAAGUAAGUAUGGCCUCCUAUGUGCAUUCUGAAUUGGUAUUGUGUCCUUGAAUGGGUACCAAGCUGGCAUCCGAGUCACACACAGUAUUUCUCCAGCUAGCUUGAUUUCCUGAGCCGCUUUUGGUGUACCUACACAUUUAUCAUCUCACCUUUGUUCACAAUCCACUUGUAUUGUGCAUUUCAGAAAUGUAUACCUCAGAAUGCAUGGGAUAUUUGAGCGGUAAAAAGUUACUACAAAAGUACGGUACCAAGACUAGGAGACAGACAACACAAGCAAAAUUCUGAGAAUUUGAGUUUAAAGUUUGAGAAUUUUCUGCAUGUUGUCUCUCUCGUUGUCUCGGGUUCCGUCCUUUUGUAGUCAUGCACCAGCUUGUCAGCGUCCAACUUCUCCUUUCAGUCAUAAAGAGUUACGACGCUACAGUAUAUAGCAGCAUAUGUGGUCCACGAAGCCACAGUUGAUGCUGCCAAAAGUAUGUAUAAUAUGGCUGCUUACACAUCAUGUUGCUUACAUCAUGCUUGCUUACAUGCUUGCUUACAUGCUGCUUACAUCAUGUUCACAAGAGAGUUUAGAAGGAAUAGGUGUUAUUAGUAGGAAUGCAUGUCUAUAAUAGUAGUAGUUUCAUUUUUGUACCUGUACAUGUGCAACAGAGAAAUCGUAUGUAGUAUAGAGAUGUUGAAGGCAUAUGCAAAUGCCUUAUUUUACUGCACACUUUCAAGUACAGUGCAUUUGCGUUAUAAUGACCCCACCUAAAAGGGGUUGUGACUCUUUGAUACAUGCAGUUCAGUACAUCAUGCACACAUUGUACUGCAUGCCUGAGUAUAUUGAAGAAAAACAGCUGUUUUUCUACAUGUCGUAGUUGGCAACAUACAAACCUGGGCACAAACCUUGGCGUCAAGCUCCGACAUCAGAGGAGCGAAAGCCUCGACCAUUUCUAUUGGUUCUCGUAUGCACGUCACCUCUUCCGUGGCUGCCUCACUUGCUUAGAUGGCUCUCGUGAUGUCAUUUUCAGAUGAGUUUCAGUAUUCACAAAUGCAUGCAUUGCCCCCUUAGCUAUAAAACUUGGAAUGCAUGAUGGAAAGUAACUGUUUUGAGGCUCGAACACACAGGCGGACAAAUACAACACAAGCCUCAAGGUGCCUAAGAGAGAUUGAAAUAUGGUAGUGGUCUUAAGAGCUUUUCAUGCCAAAGAGUCAUCAUGUUCACCAGAUUCCGUUGCUUCUUCCUGUGUUGUAUGAGAAAACAUAUAGGAUGAACGUGAAGAGUGUGUGUCCCGUUCGUUAAAUGAGGCACAUGGUAAGUUGCCGACAUGCUGUUGCCAGUGUAGCAUAGUGGCUGGGGCACUCGACUUGCAAUCGAGAGGUGCGUGGUUUGGCUUUUUAGACGACUGCCGUAUUUCAGUUUUGGGAAUGCACGUUUGCACCAAUACAAAUAAUGUUAGCUUGGGGCAUAGUGUCACAACCCGUUUUAUGUUUGGUCACUAAUCUAAUGUUUAACCUUUAAAUUGUUUUCCUGCUUACUGUUUUACUGCAAUGUGUUUGCAAUAGUACUGUUCAGGCAGUUGUUCAAUCUUCAUCAUUGCAUUUUACUGGUUUUAUGGCCCAUGAACUCUCUGUUGUGUAAGUGUAUUGUGCUGUUUCUUGGCACGCUGUCAAUAAACUGUUGUUAUAAUCAG